AUGGACUUCUUUAUGGAGCGGGCCCUGACGCUCGCAGCCACGGCCCGGUCCCAGUCGCAAUCCUUCUUGGCCACCGUUCAAAGACACGAGGAACUAGCCUGGAUCGAUGAUGUAUCACAGUUUGCGGAAUCAGGCUAUCCUCAAGUCUUCAUCGUCGCCAUCUCCGUACUCUGGACCGCCACUCGCCUCUUCCACCGCCGCUCCAAGCCAUCAUCACCCGAGUACCGUGCCGCUGCCAUCAAAUGGCCUUGGGAGCUAUGCGCUCAAGUGUCUCGCGGCUCAGCGCUUGCUUUCCUCGCCCUCGCUGGCGCUCGAGGCCAGACACCAUGGCUGAACGUCGUCGCUGUUGGCUACGCCUUUUCACUCGGCCUUCUCAGGCUCAUCAACGACUUGCACUGGCGGCAUAUUGCCUUGCAUCAAGUCAACUUUGUUCUAUCUACUGAGCUGCUCAUUCUAGCUGCAUCGUCGGCACUCCCCUGCAUCGAAGCCACGAGCACAUGUGCGAUCGCGACACCGGUAAGAGGUGGCCUCGCAAGUUUGGCGGUUGCUGUUCUCAUCGCAAUCACUACUCCUAGAGAGUGGGUACCUCCCGCGCUCAAGUACGACGUCCCCGAGGGCUACGAGACCAACGAACCCGCGCCGGAGGAGACUUGUAGUUGGGCCAACUAUUACAUGACCUUCGAAUGGCUUACCCCCUUGGUAUGGAAGGGUGCGCGCACAGAAAUCACCGUGGACGACCUUCCUCGGCUGCCGUGGUACGACGAGCCGCUUUUGCUGCUCGACAAGAUCAAGAAAGCUCGCCUCAGGGGCAAGACGACCAUUUGGACGCUUUUCUUCCUUCUCAAGACCGAAGUUGCGCUCAUGUCUGGCUACAUCAGCACUGCGUACGCUGCCGAACUGAUCGCUCCUUACGCUUUGUACCAGCUUCUCUCCUACCUUGCCGACCCUCAAGGCUCGAUCAUCCGUCCGUGGGUCUGGCUCUUCCUCAUGUUUUCCGGACCCCUGUCGCGGUCCGUUUUGUUCCAGCAGUACGUCUUCACGUCGACUCGUCUGGUGGUGCGCCUGAGGUCUGCACUUACACAGGAACUCUAUCACCGCGCAAUUACGUCCAUGGAACUGGAGGACGACAUCUUUGCUGCCAAGGGGGAGGCUGAAAAGAAGAAGGCUGGAGGCGAAACUCGACGGUCGACUCCGGCUGGCCGCUUGGCUAAUUUGAUGGCCGCCGAUGUACAAGCUAUCUUUGGAGCGCGAGAUAUCAUCAUGGUUUCUAUGGGUGUCUCCACCGGAACCGUGAUCGGCUUUGUUGGACUGUACCAGAUGUUGGGCUGGCCUGCUCUUGUCGGCAUGGCUAUCUUACUCUUCGCCGCCCCCAUGACGGUUUUGGUCGCACGAUUGAUGGCUUUGGCCACCAGGAAAGCCAGAAGAGCCCAGGAUUCCCGUAUUUCCCUGGUAUCGGAAUAUCUAGCGUCGAUCCGCGCGGUCAAGUAUUUCGCUUGGGAAGAUGCCAUCAUCAAGACCAUCGAGGAUACGCGUGCGAACGAGCAGCGUGAUCUGUGGCGCGUCUCGCUCAUUUACGUUACCCUCAACCAGAUCACAGCCUUGAUGCCGUACAUCGCCAUGAUCUCGAUGUUUACGCUCUACGUCGGAGUGCUUGGACAGCCCCUGACGGCGGCCACUGCAUUUACUACUACCUAUCUCGUCAAGACCAUUCGUCGCAACAUCACGCAGAUGGGCUUCAUGUCGAGGAACAUUACUAACGCUAUGAUUGCUAUCGGCCGCCUUGACAAGUACUUCGAUACUGCUACUCCUUUGGAGAAGUACCCCGAGGGAACGCUUCAGAUUCAGGGUGCGACAUUCAGAAGACACAAGACUGCGAGCUUUUUGCUCAAGGAUCUCUCCAUCGACUUUGUAGAAGGCGGUCUCAAUGUCGUAUCGGGUGUCAGCGGAAGUGGCAAGACGACCCUCCUUCUGGCAAUCCUGGGAGAGACCGUCAAGGAGAGCGGUUCGAUCACGCGGCCUAAGGAUGUUGCGUUCGCGUCUCAGACUUCAUGGUUGCAGAAUGACACUAUCAAGGAGAACAUUCUCUUUAACAGCGCUUAUGAGAAGGUUCGCUACGAUAACGUUAUCAACGCCUGCUGCUUGCCGGUAGACCUGCGGGAGAUGGAGCACGGUGAACAGACCGUAGUCGGCGAGAACGGAUCAUCACUGUCGGGAGGCCAAAAGGCCCGCGUCGCUCUGGCUAGGGCCCUCUACUCGAAGGCACCGCUGCUUCUUCUCGAUGACGUAUUUUCAGCACUGGACGCCAAGACGUCUGCUUUGCUCUGGGAGCGUUGCUUCUGCUCUGACCUUCUCAAGGGACGUACUGUUGUGCUCGUGGCCCAGCAACCCUGGGUUGCUGCGCAGGCUGACAUCGCCAUCACCCUCGAAGACGGGGAGAUGAAGAACAUUGAACAGAACAUCGGCGUCGUCAGGCAACCCGUUGCCGUUGCUAAGGACAUCGAGGGCGAGGCGGACAACUCUGACUCUUCAGAUACCGAAGUCGAGACACAGACGGAUCCCAUCAACGACAAUAACAAGGUCGCUGAUGAUAAGGGAACCAAGGACGCGGUGGCUCAGGAGAUGAAGACCGGCGGAAGGAGUGGACGUCUUAUGUUCUUCAAGUACAUGGUUUACUUUGGUGGGCCGUGGUACGCCAUGUUCUGCCUGAUUAUGAUGCUCCUCUCGCAGGUCGCAGUCAUGGCUGGCUCCCUCUGGCUCUCUGUCUGGGUCGAGGCCUACAGCAGCCAGGUCGCCGUCGACAUCGCCUUCUACCUUGGCAUCUACGCCGCCAUCACCGUGGCCGAAUCCGUCAUCUACGCUGGCGUCUUUCUCGUCUUUGAAAACGGCGCCUGGCACGCUGCCCGCAAGCUCCACAACGACUUCAUCCGCGCCGUCAUGCGCGUGUCGCUCUCAUGGUACAAGAAGACUCCCGUCGGCCGCAUCAUCAACCGUUUCUCGAGCGACAUGUCGUCUUUGGACUUGACCGUCAGCCCGCAGCUCCGCGCGUUCUUGGAGAGUAGCAUGGCAUUGAUCAUUCGAAUUUUCGCAAUCAGCUCCAUUUUGCCGGUUUUCAUGGUUCCCGCCGCAGUGACCUGCUUCCUCGGUAUCAUCAUCGGCGAGCUGUACACACGCACCGCGGUAACGAUCAAGCGUCUCGUGGCGUCGGCACAGUCCCCUAUCUUCACGCAGUUCGCGGACACUUUGGCUGGGUUGGCGGUCAUCCGCGCCAGGAGUGGCAUGUCUGAGCAGUUCGGCAACAACCUGGCCGAUAAGCUUCGCGUGUGGUCCCGCGCGGCAGAGGCCAACUUCAACUGCAACCGAUGGGUAGCCAUGCGUGUGGACGUAGUCACGGCUUUGGUGGGAUUGAGCGCUGGUAUCAUUGCCGUGUCCAAGGCCGGUAUCAUCGCUGCCGGACUCGUGGGCUUCUCGCUCACUAAUGCCACGGGAUUGAGCCAGACUAUUUUGAUGUUGGUUCGCAGCAUGAACGACCUCGAGAUCGAGCUGCAGAGCUUUGGGCGCAUCAAAGAGUACGCCGGUCUCGAGCCCGAGGAAAAGUCGGAUGAGUCGUACCCAGAGGAGGGCGAGUACACCGACGACCCGGCGCAUGCCAUCCCGAAGGACUGGCCUGCGACAGGCGAGAUCGAGUUCCGCAACGUCACCAUCCGAUACGACGAGAACGGGCCCAACAUCCUAACAGAUGUCAACCUCAAGUUCAAGGCUGGAGAGAGAGUCGCCAUCAUCGGCCGCACCGGCAGCGGCAAGUCCACACUUGUUCUCUCUCUACUGCGCUUCACCCACAUCGUCUCAGGCCAGAUCCUCUACGACGGAAUCGAUAUCACCAAGAUCCCCCGCCGUCGCCUCCGCGAAGCCCUCACCAUCAUCCCCCAGGAAGCAGUCCUCUUCAACGGCACUCUGCGCUCCAACCUAGAUCCCACCGGCACAAUUGCGCCCCCGACCCUCGAGAGAGCCCUCGAGUCGUGCCAAGGCAUCGCCUCGUUCCAGUACCACUCCGACUCGGACGACGCAGACGCCGAUCCCUCGACCGAGGCGCCCGGCCUCGCGCUGUCAACGACCGUCAACGCCAAGGGCGAGAACUUUUCCCACGGCCAGAGACAGGUCCUGUCGCUGUGCCGUGCGCUGGUGAGGGGCAGCAGGCUGAUGUUGCUCGACGAGGCGACCGCGAGCAUGGACUACGAGACGGACCGCGGGAUCCAGGCGGUGCUGAGGAGGGAGGUGGACAGCGACCGGACGCUGGUCACGAUUGCACACAGGCUUCGGACGAUUGCGGAUUAUGAUACUGUUGUUGUUAUGGGCGCCGGCAGGGUUGUGGAAGCGGGACGCCCGUCAGAAUUGUAUAAACGAAAGGGUGUGUUUUAUGAUAUGGUGUAUCACAGUGGUGAGAAGGAAGACUUGGAGACGAUGUGGGGGGUUGCGAAGGAGUGA